UGAUUGGGAAAUUGAAAAAAAUAGUCAUUAGGCCUUCGUUCUCUUUUAUUUGGUUUUUCUCUGGACGGUGGCCUAUCGCGUGUGGUGUGAUUGAAUAAAUUGACUCCUUUAAACUCCUCUCUACUGGCCAGAGUCUAUCACAUAAUCACGUAAAGAGCGUCACGUGUCAUAAAAAUGGUAGCCGUUAACCAGCCAACGCCACAGUCGCAGGCGACGUUAGCAGCAGCAGUUGACAGUACAGAAGAUACAACACAGUUACGCUCGCUGAGCUUGAGCGAGUACCUUUGGCGCAUGUUAUCAGCAUCGCGCAUUUUAGUGCACUUUACACAUCAUACUACUACUAGCUCUAAAGUGUAGAUUAAACCGUCUCUUUGCUUUAAUGCAUUCUCUUUUCUUUCUUCAAUUUUCUGUUCUAAUUUUCAAUAUUCUUUGCUUGCUAUGUAAGCAUAUAUAAGCAUAUAUUUCACUUGCAUCGCUUUACUUGUUCAUUUGCUUCUGUUGCAACUUUAUUGGAACAGUUGGUGUUGACGCUGUCGUUCCGCAUUCUCCGUUAAGUUUCGUCGUGAUUACUGAUGGAACAUAAAAGGAGUGACAUGAGUGAGGAUCACUCCAUUUCUGAUGACAAUAAAAUGACGCAAUCUGGAACUGGAAGUCAUCAGAAUUAUGCCAGUAGAGAUGUUACCCCCUCGUGUGAACUUUGGACAGACGGGCUUCUUUGUGCUUUUGAAUUUAUUCCGGGUCGUAGAAGAUCAAUGAACUCAAAAUCUAGUUCAAAGUUUCCAAGUAGACAGUUAGAUGGUGACAAUCUAAAAAUGCAAGUUCCAUCAAAUGAACUAAGUGAGGCCUCUUUCUCAGGAGUGAACAGGAACAAAUUAUUGGAGUCAUCAUCCCUUACUGAAUUGAGAAGCAAUCAGUUUUCUCCCUUUUAUGAUUAUAGAGAUGGUCAUAUCCAUAAAGUAGACCCAUUUUAUUCCGUUGAAAGAUAUGAUGGCAGUCGUUGGGUUCCUAUUGGGUGGGCUAGAAUUUCCGAACUUGUUCAAAAAGUGCAAGUUGAUGGUGGAUGGUUUCAGCAGCAAUUGGAUCUAGUGGAUGAUGAAGGUGACAUUACUGUUGCAGAUAUAGCUGCUCCUUAUUGGGAGAACCCUGCAGGGCCCAUAUGGUGGUGCCAUGUCGAUGCAAACCACCCAUCUAUUCAGGCAUGGCUCAAUAAUUCUCAGUGGUUGCACCCUGCCAUCAGUUUAGCCUUGAGAGAUGAGAGUCGACUGAUAAGUGAACGGAUGAAACACAUUCUUUAUGAGGUUCCUGUUAGAGUUGCUGGAGGGCUUUUAUUUGAACUCUUGGGUCAAUCAGUUGGUGAUCCAAAAGCAAAUGAGGAUGAUAUCCCCAUUGUACUUCGUUCUUGGCAAGCACAAAACUUCCUUAUAACUGCAUUGCACAUAAAAGGAAAGGUUUCAAGGAGCAACAUUCUGGGUAUCACUGAAGUUCAGGAGCUUCUUCUGGUCGGAGGUUAUAAUGUACCGAGAACAGUGCAUGAAGUCAUAGCACACCUGGUUUGCCGUCUUAGUAGAUGGGAUGAUAGGUUAUUUCGCAAGAACAUAUUUGGGGCUGCAGAUGAGAUCGAGUUGAAGUUUAUGGACAGAAGGAACCUCGAAGAUAUAAAUCUUUUCGGUAUUAUUUUAAACCAGGAAAUCAGAAGGCUUUCAAGACAGGUUAUCAGAGUUAAAUGGUCACUCCACGCAAGGGAGGAAAUUGUGUUUGAGCUUCAUCAACAUUUGAGGGGAAAUGUAUGUAGAAGCUUGAUAGAAGGAAUAAGAAAAUCGACAAGGGAAAUGAUUGAGGAGCAAGAAGCAGUCCGUGGUCGCUUGUUUACCAUUCAAGAUGUUAUGCAAAGCACUAUGCGUGCAUGGUUACAGGACAGGAGCCUUAGAGUAACUCAUAACUUGACAGUUUUUGGGGGCGGUGGUGUUGUUCUCACAAUCCUCACUGGGCUGUUUGGGAUAAAUGUGGACGGAAUUCCCGGAGCAGAGAAUACACCAUACGCAUUUGGUUUGUUUGCAGCCAUUAUUUUCGUCAUAGGAAUUGUUCUGAUUGCAGUUGGAUUGACUUGCCUAGGGUUGAAAAAGCCUAUCACGGAGCAGCAAGUUGAAAUUAGGAAGUCGGAGCUGCAAGAAGUGGUCAAGAAGUUUCAGCACGAGGCAGAGACUCAUGCUCAGGUUAAAAAAAAUUAUCAUUCCCGGAAUAAUUUGCCACCUACUGCUGGAGAUGUUUUCUCACAUAAUACAUUGUAAUUCAGUGAAGAAUAUUUUUCAAAGUCUGUAGAUGAUUUUGUCUCAGAUUGCUAUGGCUCCCUACCAAAAGGAAAUCUAGGUUGAAUAUUCAGCUUAACUUGUAGAGUUACAGUUCAUAAAAAAGGUCAAAAGAUGCUCUUUUAUUGGUACGAAAA